GGAAAAAAAAAACGAAUGCUCGCAAAAUCGCGUGCGUAGAGCCGUGAACCACCUUCCAAUCCUCCUCUCUUCUUCUUCCAUUUCUCUUCCCUUCCCUCCCUCCAAACCCAGCCGAAUUUCUUUCCAAAAUUUCCAGAUCAAGCCCUCGAAUCCUCCGAACCCUGGCGAAUCCGCCCGGAAUUCGCACCCCCCGCGUCGCGAUCCCGGUCGAUCCCGCAUGGAGCGCGUCUUCUCCGUGGAGGAGAUCCCCAGCCCCUACUGGGCCCCGCCGCAGCCUCAAGCGCCGGCCACCGGCGCCGUUGCUGCGCCAGGAGGAGGAGGAGGAGCGGGGGGAGCUGGCGGUGGCGGCGCGGCGGGCGCGAUGAACAGGUGCCCUUCGGAGUGGUACUUCCAGAAGUUCCUGGAGGAGGCCGUGCUCGACAGCCCGAGGCCCGGCGUGGGCGUGGGGAGGGGCUUGGGCGGAGUGGAGGCGGCGGAGAGCAAGCCGCCGGUGGGGGCGCAAGGGGCAGCGUCGAGCGCGGUGGUGGACCCGGUGGAGUACAACGCGAUGCUGAAGCAGAAGCUGGAGAAGGACCUCGCUGCCGUCGCCAUGUGGAUGGCCUCUGGUCCAAUGCCUCCAGAACAUUCUUCAGCCGGUUCAUCCUUGACAAAUAUGGAUGUUUCGCAUGCGGGCCCUCUUAAUUCCAUUGGAGGUAAUGGGAUUCCGGCUGUUCAAACCAAGAUAGCUGGUGGCUCAAGAGGGGGAUCAGGUCCACAGUUGGUACAAAAUCCCGAUGUUCUUGUUAAGCAAGCCACUAGCUCUUCCUCACGGGAGCAAUCAGACGAUGAUGACAUGGAAGGAGAAGCUGAGACUACUGGAAAUGCAAACCCUGUUCAACAAAGACUGCAGAGGAGGAAGCAAUCCAACCGGGAAUCAGCCAGGCGUUCAAGAAGCAGAAAGGCAGCUCACCUGAAUGAACUGGAGGCACAGGUAGCACAGUUAAGAGUUGAAAACUCCUCACUGUUAAGGCGCCUUGCGGAUGUUAACCAGAAGUUCAAUGAUGCUGCUGUUGACAAUAGGGUGUUAAAAGCGGAUGUUGAAACCUUAAGAGCAAAGGUGAAGAUGGCAGAGGACUCUGUGAAGCGGGUGACAGGCAUGAACGCUUUGUUCCCUGUCGUGUCUGAUAUGUCCUCCCUCAGCAUGCCAUUCAAUGGCUCCCCAUCUGACUCCACCUCUGAUGCUGCCGUCCCCAUCCAAGAUGACCCGAACAGUUACUUCGCCACUCCAAGUGAAGUCGGAGCUGACAACAGUUACAUGCCAGAGAUAGAUUCCUCGCCGCAAGAGGAUGACGAUUUCAUCAACGCGACCGUGGCUGCUGGCAAGAUGGGCAGAGCAGCCUCGCUGCAGCGGGUGGCGAGCCUGGAGCAUCUCCAGAAGAGGAUGUGCGGAGGUCCGGCUUCAUCUGGGUCGACUUCCUAGGAAUCUUCUCUAGGAAUCUUCUCCGUUUGGAUCAGAAAGACCCUGAGAGCAAGAAUGAUAAAUUGACGUCUCGACAUAUAUUGUGGUGGGCAUUGCUAAUCCUGCGAUGCUGUUUUGUUCCUUGUGGUCAACUGGUCAUUGACUUAUUGUGAAUUCUUUGAGUGGAUCUGUUCGUGGAACAUAACAUAUUAGCAAAAUAUGCUAUGUUGCCGUCCCCACUCUGGUCCACUGAUAUCGGGCAACCGCUGUCAUUAUGUUCGCUAGUUUGAUUUUGAUCGAAGCCUAUACUCGAUGCUUUUCUUUU